AAAUAUUAAUUUAUAAAAUAAUAAAAAUAUAAAAAAUAAAUCACAUGAUACUAAAAGAUUAGAGUUGCUUAAGUACAAGUGUCAGCAUUUGACACUUUUCUGUAAUCUUCCCAAAAAAGAAAAGGGAAAUAAUUUCCAAGACUUCCACUAAAAAGCCGGCAAUUACUAUGUUGUCAUUGAUUGGUCCAAAAGAAAAUAAGAAGACAAGCUCACAGAAGCAUGCAGUUGCAGAAUUCUCUUUUCAGACAAAAAGUAGAUAGAGAUAUGGAAGAUGAUGAGAGAGUCAAGACAGCAAACAAAUGGCUCGAAAACAUAUCAAAGGGAAUUACAAGUCACCAAUUGGAAGCCUUGUCCCUUGAUGGCCUCAAAAUUGUGCACUCACAUGAGGGUUUUAUACUCUGUAAUUUUGUUGUCUCCAAUCGCAUAACAGAUGGUGAUGGAAAUUGGAAGGUUGGAGCUAUGGCUACAUUAAUUGAUGAUGUUGGUGCAGCUGCUAUUUACUCUUUGAUUGGUCAUAUCAAAGUAUCCCUGGAUUUCAACAUUUCUUAUUAUUCCACUGCUAAGACUCAGGAAGAAGUGGAGAUAGAGGCAAAGGUUGUAGGGGAGAAGGGGAAGCUAAUGUCAGUUGUGACAGAGGUAAGAAAGAAAGAUAAUGGACAACUAAUUGCUUUGGGCAGGCAAUGGAUGGCCUCUAGCAAUGUUACCAGUAAAGCAAGUAAGCUUUGAGGACUAGACCUGUAAUGGACAAGAUUAUGGAGAAGAACAUCAAUUUAAGGCAUCAUCAUUUUGCAAUAGUCUGCUAUGCAUUUCAGAGAAUCCGCAGAUCACUUGAGCUAAUUGAAAAUUUUGAUUCAGUGUUAGUUGUAUACUUGCUGUUCUAUAUUGAUCAGAAAGUCCCACUUCAAAUUUAUGGUUUUUGUUCAAGUGUUUGCUGAUUGUUUCAAUGAUCUUUUGAUUAUAUCAAGAGCUUUAGGUCAAUUCUGUCAUGCCAGAUCAAUUGUGUGACAAAUUUAAUGUGACCAUCCAGAAAAGCAGCACAGUCAUUCUCCAAUUGUUAAACAUUUUGUACAGGCAAUUGAGGCUCCAUCAUGCUUUUGUAUCAUAUCUAAAGAUGUGCUGCUUGCCAUUAUUCAUCAGGAUCUACGAAAUUACUUGUGCAAUUUACUGAUAGUAUACCUCCUUUUUAGUUAUAGUGAGUCUGAUUAUGUGGAACAACUAAUUGAUGAUCCUUCAAGAACCUGGAGGAAAGAGGAGCUUAUUAGGUUAUUCGCUAGAGAGGAAUCAGAAGUGAAGCAGUGGAAAAAUUCCUGAUAGGUGCUGAUUCUCAUCAGGAAGAUUUGGUAUUCUGGCAUUUCGACGGGUGAACUAAAGCUACUGCUUGUUUCGGGGUUUGGAAUCUUGAGAUCUUGCCAAAGGUCAAACCAUUGCUUUGGAGUGGAGAGCUAAGAAGAAAGCCAUGGCAUGUUAAGUAAACCUUUCCAUGUGUUUGAUAUUCAAUUACAGCUCGUCUGUCUUGUAUCGCGGGAGAUUAAAAGGACCAUUGAUGUGUUUAGCAGCUAUUGAGAUUUUUUAUGAACAGGAUACAUAAAUGAAAAGAUCUCCCUCUUUCACUGCA